AUUUGUAGUUGUUGCUGUUUGGCUGGAAAGAAAAUUUGUUUUUUUUUUAAAUCCUGGGAAAGUGAACAGGUAAAGUGGUGUUAUCAGUUUAGUUAACUUAGUUCUACAAAUGGGAAUGGGGAAAGUGAAGGAAAGAUGUUGGAGUCUCUCAGCCAAAAACCCAAAUCCAUUAAAAUAAUAAUAAAUAUAGAGAGUGUUUGGUUCUCUCAGCCAUUAAUAACAGAUAGUAGCUGUGGAGUUUUAAUCUUUCAAUAAUUACAACUCACUCAUUUCUUUAUUAAUUUACAAUAUUCCUCUGUUUUAAAACCCCCCAAACCUUCUUCAAACUUGGGGUUUUUUUAAGCUUUGCUUUUAAAGCUUCUAAAUGAAAAGAUUGUUUCUUUUUUAUUUGCUUUGCUUCCUUUGAAGAGUGAAGACCCCAAAACUCCAUAGGUUCUCCCUUUUCUCUAACCUUUAUGCAGUGAAAUAUUGAUGAAAGUUUUAUGUUCUGAAUCAUAAAGAGUAGCUCUCCAACGCCUUUGGUGUAUGGCUGAAGACAUUGUGAUCCGAGGCCAACCAUCGUGAAACAUGAAACUUGAUACUGAACAAGUGAUUUGCCAUUCAACCAUAGGCUACAAGAAUGAUUCGAAGCCUUAUUCCUUCUUAGCUGACAUUAAACCUUUUGAGAACAAAGAAAAGUCUUCAGAUGCUACUGAACUGAGCAUGGAUGACACUGUGAAGGAAAAUCAGAAUGGAGUCGUGCAUGAUAUAAAGAGCGAUGAACUGGAUUCAGAUUUCUCAAUAUAUUCGGAGAAUACACGAGAUGAAUGGACAGCUUCUGAACUUGAUUGUUCCAACAGUGUACACGACUUUUCUAAUGGUAAUGAAAAGGAGGUCCGAGAUUUUGUGACAUUUAACUCUCAUUCUUCAAAGAAUAUGGAUUCAUUUCAGGACUCGGUUUUUUAUUUGGACAAAAGUGUAAUGGAUUGUGAAUUGCCUGAAUUGGUAGUUUGUUAUAAAGAGAGUACAUAUCAUGUUGUCAAGGACAUUUGUAUUGAUGAGGGAGUUCCGACACAAGACAUGUUCUUGUUUGAAAGCAGUGUGGACGAGAAGAGCGAGUGCAACUUUUCGUAUCCCAAAAAGGAUCAAGAUAAUGAACUGAUGAAAGAAAUGUCGGAGACUGAUAUGCCCAUGCAAGACAUUUCCUUUUCUCCGGAAGAAAAUCAAUCUGGGAAGGAUAUUGACAACGAAUGUGGCUCUAACAAAAAACUCGACGCCGAUACAUAUAUGCAGGAUAUUGCCUUAUCUCUAGAAGAAAACAAGUCUAACAAGGGAAUUCCGAACGAAUGGGAUCCUAGGGAUUUGCUGGUGACAAGAGACAUGAAGGAUGAUGCAAUGGAAAUGAUGUCAAAUGACGGCUCCAAAGAGUUGUUUACCCUAGGAGACAUACUUUCAUUGCCUGAAUUGGCCACACUGAAAUCUGAAGCCAUGUCUCCUGAUUGCAAAAGUGACAGAAUUGAACAACAGUCCUUUGAGAACUCAAGUAAAAAGGAAGUGAUAGUGGCUUCUGCGGUUGAAGAAUCAAACAACCUAAUUCUUUCUGCUCCUGCUUUGGUCUCCACAGCUGAAGGAUCGGACAUUGGGAAAGGGGAAGCUACCCCAAUCAGUCCUGCUCCAGCCUCUGCUUCUUUGGAAGCAACUAGCAGUGGCCUUGUCAAUGAAACUGGAAGCAUCACAUUUGACUCCAGAUCUUCUGCACCAACAAGCGGCAAAGGUUCUAACAAGCCUCUCGAGGCUGGAAGAACAUCCAAACUUGAAGAGACAGCUGAUCAACCUUUUUCAAGCAAUCUUCAAAGCGGAAAUGGGGAGUCUAGUUUCUCUGCUGCAGGGCCCUUAACAGGUCUAAUAAGCUACUCUGGACCGAUAGCAUAUUCAGGCAAUCUCUCUCUUAGAUCGGAUAGCAGCACGACAAGCACUCGUUCCUUUGCCUUCCCGAUAUUGCAGUCCGAAUGGAAUAGUAGUCCGGUAAGAAUGGCAAAAGCUGACCGGAGACAGUAUCGGAGGCAUCGUGGAUGGAGGCAGGGCUUUCUUUGCUGUAGAUUCUGAAAAAGGGUUCUAUAUCAUGCAUAGUUUAUACAAAUUUAUUAUUUUUGCAUAUCAAAAAUACAUCAUCCCCUUCUUCCCUCGCUUGGCGUGUAAUAAUGUGCAGUAGGUUUAGAGUGUCUUCUUGGUGCUUCAGAGUUUUUAUCAUGCAAAUUGAGCUGUAAGCAAAGCAAUAUGGUAUAAUUUCUGUAAUACCCGAUUUUGCCCGGGUAUAAAAGGCCCGAAUUACAGCAGGCCUACAUGGCCCAAACCCGAAAUAAAACAAAGGCCCAAAAUUACAAA